AUGGCAACAAAACCAAAUAUCAUAAUCAUUGGUGGUGGAUAUGGUGGAAUAAAUGUAGCUACAAAACUCGAAUUGGCCCUUCAUAAAACCCAUCAGAUCAUUCUUAUUGAACGUAAAACCUACUUCUACCAUGCAAUUGGUGGUCUUCGUGCAGCUGUUGAAGAUGGAUUCGAACAUAAAAUUAUGAUUCCUUAUGAUAAUCUUUUUAAGCAUGGAGGAAAUGUUCUACAUACUACAGUUACUGCAAUUCAUGAAAAAGAAGUUAUUGUUAAUACAGAAACUCAAUGGGGAACUUGCAUACCAUUUGAAUAUUUGAUAAUUGCUACUGGCUCUAAUCACUCUAAACCUGCAAAGAUGAUAGCGAAUAAUAAAGAAGAAGGUGCUUCCGAAAUAGUUGCUCAAAGAGAAGCCAUAAAAAAUGCAAAUAAAAUUUUGAUUAUUGGUGGAGGUCCUGUGGGCAUUGAACUUGCCGGUGAAAUUGCAUCGAUUUACACUGACAAAGAAAUUACACUUGUUCAUUCAGAAGAUCAUUUGCUCUCAGAAAAAUUCCCAAAGAAAAUGACAGAUCUUCUUGCUAACCAAUUGAGAGAAUUAAAUGUAAAUCUUAUUUUUGGAGAAAAAGUUAUUUUUCCCUCUUCUGGUAUUGGUGACGGUUUGUCUCCCUUAAUACUAGAAACUAAUAAGGGUAAACGAAUUGAUUCUGAUGUCCAAUUCUUAGCUUUUGGUGCAAAGCCUAACACUCAAGUUAUAGAAACUUUGGACCAAUCAUUGAUUGAAAAAGAUACUACUUUAGUAAAAGUUAAACCUACUCUCCAAUUGGAUAAUGAUAAUUAUGCACAUAUCUUUGCUCUCGGGGACAUAACAAAUAUUAAAGAAACAAAACUUGCAUAUCGUGCUAACCUCCAUGCCGAUGUCGUAGCAAAGAAUAUUGUUGCACUAAUUAAGAAUAAAAAAUUGAAUGAAUAUAGCCCUGGUCCUGAAGUUAUGAUUGUUCCCAUCGGAAAGAAUAAGGGUGCAGCACUUUUACCAAUGGGUAAUAUGGUCCUAGGUAGCUUCACUGCGAAAACCCUAAAGGGUAAAACUCUUAUGGUCGAUAAAAUGUGGAAAGGAUUAAAUGCAACACCUGCUUCAUAA